AUGCCCAAGGAGGGAACUGGAGCGACUCCUUUCCACCUGAUAUAUGGUGGUGAAGCAGUAGUCCCGGUCGAAGUCAGAGUUGAGUCCAAUCGGCUUCAACACUAUGUUGAAGACAACGCUGAGCGGAGGUUGCUGGAGCUGGAUUUGGUAGAUGAAUCGCGUGCUAAAGCUGCCAUCCUGUUAAUGGCCUACCGCCAGAGGAUGAAACAGAACUACAAUCGGAGGGUGAUCCCGAGGUUGUUCCAAGUCGGCAAUCUGGUGUGGAAAAAAGUAAAGCCGAUCGGCGAUGUCACCAAGCUAGAAGCCCCGUGGGCGGGACCCUUCAAGGUCGUGGAGAAGCUCCGUUUGGGCGCCUAUUACUUGGAAGAUGAGGACGGAUGA